GACCGCCGUCUGCGAAGAUAGCUGUGGCUGGCGCUAUCACUGUCGUGCCGAGCCGAUAUGUCCUUCUCGUCUGCGCUCUGCUCCUUGCGCGCUGAGCCGCCGCGAAAGAUCGACCAGAACGACGGCUUGCGCAUCUUGCUGCUGCCUCUGCUGCCCGUCUGGUACUGCUCGCUGCUGAUGCCCAGCUGCCCCGACCCCAGGCCCUUGAGCGGCUCCGAUUUCACCGGCAUCUCCGGCGAUGAAAGCUUUGGUGGUGGCCGCGGCUGCGGGGUGCUGAACUGCGUUACGUGUACGGCGCUCUGGAAUGCGCUAGUGCUGGUGGGCGGCCCCUGGUCCUUGCUGGUGCUGAGCCGGCCGCUGAAUAUGCUCUCGAUAAGUCGCUGCGAUUCGUCAGAGAGCACCACUGAGCUGGUGCGAUUAUCUGGUCCUGGCGGUCCGGGGAACUUGUAGUAGAUAUGGACAAUAACGCCAGCUAGCGCAGUAAUGAGAACGUAGCCGAGAAAACAGCACGCGCAGAUCAUGGAGAGAAUUUUGCUGUUUUGCAAGGAGCCAGGAACACACAGCUUGGACAAAGAGUAGAAAAAGGG